UCCUGGAAAACAUGAUCCAUACAGUUUAUUUGGUUCCAGAAACCAUUCAAGUAAUAUGUAUUCUGAACACCCCUUUUCUUAUGGAAAAAACUGGCUCUGAAAAAUUGGAAGGAAAUGACCGAUAUGAAGGCUAUAUGGUUGACCUAGCGAAUGCAAUAAUGGAAAAAACUCAAAAUUCUCUCAUGUUCAAUAUCUCUCUUAUGCCACCAGAAUCAUUCCACGCGGUUUUUGAUAGAAUAAUGAACGGGUCUGCGGAUAUGAUCUUUGCUGAAGUAUCUUUAACAGCUCAUAGAGUACGGAUGGGUGUAGAGUACUCAAUACCCUUCAUGACGUCGGGAACUACCCUUCUCGGAAAACUUGAUCAGAAAACAGAGGAAGAUGGAUUUUAUUUCCUGAACCCUGUCAGUAAUGAAGUUUGGAUCAGUGUUGGUUUAGCUUAUAUAACUGUAUCCUUUUUUCUAUUCAUCAUUGCAAGGAUAUCCCCAACAGAGAAAAUGUAUCAUGAGAGAGAAACAAAACUUACGUUUCUGAAUUCGUUUUGGUUUUCCCUGGCAGCUUUGGUUGGACAAGGUUCGGAAAUUAUUCCAAGGUCAUUUGCAAGCCGAAUUCUCGUUGCGUUUUGGUGGGGCUUUAUUCUUAUUGUUGUGAAUUCCUACACUGCUAACCUAGCAGCUUUCCAGACUGCUCAGCUGCUUGAAACCAAGAUAGGUUCUCUAGAGGACUUGGUAAAUCAGCAAACAGUUGAUUAUGGAAUAUACGAUGAUUCAACAUCAAUGCGAUUAUUACAGAAUUCCAGUGAUCCUGUAAAAAGAAGAGCCUACAACUAUCUUAAUUCCAGAACAGAGAAGAUACGAUCCUUUAAGGUUGGGUUAGAGAAAGUGAAACAAGGAAAUUUUAUCUAUUUGGGCGAUGCAGCUGAAAUAGAAUAUGAAAUACAAUCCGACUGCAGUCUCACUCAGAUCGGAGAAGUCUUUAAUAUAGUUGACAACGCUUUGGCAUUUAGACCAGAUUUUCCCCAUCGACAAAUGAUAAAUGCUGCAAUAUUAGACCUUAAGGAAAGUCACGCAAACCAGAAAAUGAGGGAAAACUGGUGGAAACCAAGGAACUGUAAGGGUGCGAAUUUAUCUGAAGUAGGAAUGCGAUCUUUGAGCUUCAGCAAAAUGUUUGGAAUCUUCAUAUUUAUGGCUAUUGGUAUUGUUAUUGCUCUAGUUUCAGUUUUUUUGGAAUAUCUCUUCAGUCACUAGAUAUGCAGAUUCAGCAGAUUGGUGGAAAAUAAACUCUUUCAUGUCGGGUUGCCUGGAAUAUUUUGACCCUUGUACAACAUGAUUUAAAUUUUAUCGAUUCUUAGGCGACCUUCCGCCCAUGCAUACCUGUUAUACAAGUAUCUAUAUAUAUAAAGUUGUGAUCUCUGUUUGUCUGUUUGUUUGUAUGUCCGAUUAUAACUUAGAAAUCUCUUAACUGUCUAGCCUAAAAUUUGGUAGAACCACGGUUUUGAGAUUCUAAGUUGAGCAUGGGUACACUUUUAUAGGAAAAAAUAGCUAAAAUCGUAGUUUAUGAGUACAUUAGACAACGCUGGUUCUCUAGCUAUUUAAUAGUUGGUCAACUCUAUUCCUCUCUUAUUCAAUAAACCUGUACUCCAUCUGAAACAUGAAACAAUAACAAUAACAAAAAUUGUGUGAUCAUUGUUUCCAGAAUUUCACUUAAAAAAUAAAGUAAACAAAAAAAGCCGCAAAUUAUUCCAAAGAUCAAAGAUGACAUACAAGUCGUUUGUCAAUGAUCAUGUUUUGUGGAAUACCCUAGCUGCAUUUGUAAAUGUGUAUAUCUAUGUAAAAAGCUGUAUUUGUUUCCAUAUUUAUUGUUGGAAAAAAAUAUAAUCUUUAUCAUAUUC